UACCCGUGCACAAAAAUAAAAAAAGUACCCGCGCACGUGCGUGGCGCAUGGUAUAACUGAAAACGGUGGCGCCAAAGAAGCCGAAAUUCGGUUGGUAUCAAGAAUUCUUGAAAUUCACAUUCCGGAAGCCUCGCUUUCCCUUCCAUUUACGUCCCAUGGAUCCACGCCCAAAUUCAUAUUCCCCAAAAUCCCUAAAUCGAUUCUGGGAUUUUCCCCACGAUUCAUAAGUUCCCAUGCAAUCUUUUUUCACAAAGAAGCUCGUUUGAGCAUAAGAUAUUGUGUCUGAACAAAGGAAACGUAGCAGAUGAUUGCCGGUGGUGCCCGGCAAGACUUUAUAUAGAGGGUAGUUGGCAUUGGUGGCAUUGAACUUGGGAUAUUGUUUAAGUUAUGGAGUAUGGACGGUGAGAACAGGAAGCAGUCAAAGACAAAUGGUAAUGUGUCAAAUGAUUGGGGUGAGACAUUCAAAACAUUGAAUUCACCUUCCAUAUCUGAAAGUGAUAGUGGUUCAGAGACUAAGCUAGAGGAAAUUGAACGUAGCUCAUCCAAGAUUUCAGAGUCUUCAGAUAUCGUGUCUUCGUCAUCAUCCAAUUCGUCCUCUGCUGAUUUCUUCCCAGUGAAUCCUAAAGAACUUCCCAAGUCCAGAGUAUCAAUUGACAUUCCCAAGCCUAAUGAGGUCACCAAACAAUUGUAUGAAAGUGGCAAAACUGAUGUUUCAAUCAAGGGCUGGCAUGGGUUGGAAGAGUCUGCCAGAGACUCUCAAGAAUCCAACUUCUCAGAUGUCACCCAUGAAUCUUUUCAGCCACACAUAUUGCCAACUCAAUCUCCUCCAGUCCAAAUGAUGGAAAGGCCUGGAAGUUUUGACCCUCACAAGAUUCCUGCUUCCAUUUUCAAUAGACAACCAUCGUUGAAUUGGAGUACUGAGUCCAAUGAGUCAUUGUUCAGUAUAUCCAUUGGGAACCUUAGUUUCUCUAGGGAUGCAUUAAGGAUGAGUACAGACAUGUACAGAACGGGAGAACUACCCAAAAGAGGAGAACUUUUCAAGUCCAGGGAAAUGCCUCUAUCUCGAGAGCUUCACAGGUCGGGGGAAUCGCAUAACUGUAGAAAAGUCAAGUUUGCUGAUCUCAAUAAGACAGUUGGGUCAACAAGUUUCAAAGAAACAUUACCUGCUGCUGAAGGAGUAGAACCUAAUGAAAAGACAGACACAUCAAAGAAUAUAAGUGAACAUAUGAAGCCUGGAGUAAAAGGAGUCAUAGAUAAACCAAGUAGUGAUGUUCCUGAGGCUUGCGUUAAUGCACAAAGUGAUACAAAUGUAGACGAGUCCAGUAAAAUUAGCAAUCAAUCUUCUGCUAAUCCGAUAAAGGAAAAGAGGGCUUGUCCAUUUUGUCAUUGUUUGUACUGUUGCUGUUGUAAGUGGCCUAGCUGCUGUUGUAAAUGGUCAUGUUGCUCCUUUAAGUGGUUUUGCUGCUGUUGCAGCAGGUCUUACUGUCACCUUAAGUGCCCAACCUGGUCAACCUGCUGCGAAUGCUGUAUGUGCCCAAGUUUGUGUUGUAGCUGUGCUUGCUGCUACUGUUGGAGACCAAGACCGCACUGUGAUAAUUGUGAACCUUUUUACACGGGUGCAACGGUCGAACCUAGCAAGAAUGUUACGGCUCCAAUCUACAGCAUGGACGCUCCGUUAUGUCCUGCCAGGAGUCAAGUCCAAACAGUGGCUUGAGAGAGCAACUAACUAUAAGAACUGUCGAAGAGGGCAUCUACACUUACCUUCGCAUGUCUAGGGAAUCAAAGUUGUUGUCCCUAUUGCUAAAAUAGGCUAUAUCAUAUACAUAUACGUAUUUCUUGUGUAA